AAUUGUAGGUACUAUCCACUAAAGAAGAAUUAAAGGCUGGCUACAAAACAAACAGACCAUCUCCACGCGCCUUCACACGAAGCGCUAUAAAUUCGAGAAUAAUCGACGAAUCCGCUCCAAAUAACCAUCGGCUAAUCUGCAAGUAACGUGUGCUCCUGCCUCUGGCUCGCUUGCUCCACAAAACCCAUCGCAACUGCACAAUAAUUGCUCGCUCAUCAACAACCACUGUUGACCUUUACGCUUCGAUAUGACCGCAAAGGACCAGGUUUAAUACGCGACGUGAAUAUUCAAGCUUAGCGACCGCGUUCGCGCAACAAUGCAGCACUUGCUAUGGGAGGGAUGGCACUAUUGCUUCUAGGUCAAUCAAUCGGGAAAAUAUUAAAUAUUGAAGCCCUUGUAAUUUUUAAAAAGAUCCAAUUUGCCCAAGGAGCACCGAAUAGAUACGAAUCUUAUAGCGGAGCUUAAAAAAAUGAGCGGCAGCGGAAAAAGUGAACAAGAACAUGUACCACAUUUUCUCCAUAAAAAGUGAAAACCAGGAAGUUUUCUGGACGUUUCACGUUGCAGUCAUGCAAAUCAACGGCAAGGAGAUGUACAAGAAAGUGUGCUGCAAUUAGACCUAUUGUUGUUUUUCACAGUUCUGGUCAAGGGCAUCCAACUUUUAAUUUUUCACAUUUCACUCACCGGGUUAGGCUAUUUUUCGUAGACAGUAAAAUGGAAUCCUAAAAUUUUCGGAUUCAAAAAUGUGAUGAAAGAAGGUAUCUGAAAAAUUAUCUCCUUCGUAAUACGUUAAAUUGUAUCUAAAAUUUUCGGGAAAAUAAUUCCGAAUUCUUCGUAAUUUCGAAAAGACUCAAGUUCCUCUAGAAUGGCCGAACACUGAGAUGCAAAUUUUAUAGCGCCACUUAGAGUGCAUUUCUAUAGAGCUAAAAGUACUUAAUGAAUAGCUACAAAAGUGUUUUCAAUUGAAAGUAUUUGAGGAAACAGUCGUUGGGUGGCCCUCUCUCGUUGCCUUCUCCGCUUAGCAUUACACGAUAUAUUUUAUAUUUAGUAUGAGAUCAUUAGCUUCGCUUUUAGCCCUCCUGACUAAAUUUAUGUAAGCGCUGUUUAGAAUGCAUUUUGCGAUCAAAAGUACUCUGGACAGCCUUAAAUGUGUUUUCAAUGCAUUUAGGGGGAAAUCAUCGCUGGGUGCCCCUGAGUUUUGAGAAUAAUAAUAAUCACAAAAAAGAUAUCGCGUACAUAAAUUUUACUUUGCGAUAUCUUCAGCUGUAUCUUCUAUUCAGCUGCAUAGCGGGGGCCAGAUUUUGCCUUUUUUCUGGAGGGAAAAUUCUCGUCCUCCUUCACCAGUUUGGACAACAUAUUAUGGAGUAAGACGUUGUUAAUCUAAGCAAAUAAGUCUGGUAGAGUCAAGAACCUAUGCAAGCGGCUGGACGAACAAUCUGACAGCAGCUGAGACAGCGAACGUUAGAAGAAUUCGAACUUGAAAACCAGGGCUGCCCUGUUGAAAACUUACGGACGGUCCCGCGAUCGCCUUUUGUUUUCUGGUCAAAACUAACGCAGCGAACCUUCGGUCAGUCGAUUGACCUAGAAGCAAUAGUACCAUCCCUCCCAUAGCAAGUGCUGCAUUGUUGCGCGAACGCGGUCGCUAAGCUUGAAUAUUCAUAUUCACGUCGCGUAUUAAACCUGGUCCUUUGCGGUCAUAUCGAAGCGUAAAGGUCAACAGUGAUUGUUGAUGAGCGAGCAAUUAUUGUGCAGUUGCGAAGGGUUUUGUGGAGCAAGCGAGCCAGAGGCAGGAGCACACGUUACCUGCAGAUUAGCCGAUGGUUAUUUGGAGCGGAUUCGUCGAUUAUUCUCGAAUUUAUAGCGCUUCGUGUGAAGGCGCGUGGAGAUGGUCUGUUUGUUUUGUAGCCAGCCUUUAAUUCUUCUUUAGUGGAUAGUACCUACAAUUUCAAAACUCAACAAAAUGCCACUUAAACCGGCCAGGAAUGACAAGGAUACGUUCAGUUGAAGGUAUCUUAGCUUUGUUUUGUUAUAUUUUGACUUUUAGACUAUUUUAGUCCAUGGGAGUUUCGACGACUCAUCGCAUUAAUUUGUCCAUGUGGAUAUUAAUAUAUUCAUUCAGUGACACAUACUACGUCUGGGCCGCCUGUGACGAUGGUAGAACCUUUAGCGCAACCAUUUACGUUUGAUGGUGUUCGCCACGUUCCAUCAAGCGCCGCGUUUGGUAUACGUUCUACAGUGUAGACGAUUUCCUGUGCAAGUGUCUUGUUUACAUGCACAUAUUAAUCGAACCAAUGUUACUUCUUUUUAAAUGUACACUUUACACAUUUCCUUCUACAGAUCAACAACCAAAAGGAACAGAUCACUAAACUGCAAUCAAAGCUGGAUAACCUGACCAACGCAGUUGGUGAUAAGAAAGCCCGUAUGGAUCCACUCAAUAAGGAAGUGAUGGAGCGCCAUGUCAUCGGUCUUUGCAUUGAAAUAGUCUUAAUUCUUCUUCUGUUCAUACUGUUUGCAAAGAGAAACAAUAAUCAGGUGACUUCUAACUCACCCGGGAGGUCAGCGCACCUUAUGAACGGUCAUGGCCCCCCUCGACUUGCAAUUGAAGAUAGCAAACGCAGCAAAGCCACUGUCUUGUCUGAAGGUGAGUACUACGUUCGUGCACUAGGAAUAUUCAUCUGGCAUUUUAUCAACUUGAUAUCAACAUGAAAUGUCUCCCCACAUACCUCCUUAGUAGUUAAAAAUAUCAGCUUGGAUUACUUUUUAGUUUGCUAUUUCUGAGUUCCAAAAACUCUCAUUUUCAAAACGAGGCUAAGUGACAUUGUUUUCUCGUGAAAAUGAUUUUAAACCGCAUGGCAUUGAAUAUUAUGUUCAUUAACAAUUAUUCUUUGAAAUCGAGGUGAAUAGUGGCAAAAUAUUUACCGAGCCGCGAAAGCGGCGAGGUAAAUAUUCCCAAAGCCACUAUUCACCGAGAUUGAGAAGAAUAAUUGUUUUAGUAUAUACACACGAAGUGAUCUCAACAAAAUCAGAAAGGAAACCAUUCAAAAGUAGGAUUUGAUUGACAGAUCAAAUCACGCGUAAGUUUAAAAAUAGAUCUUUGCAGAAUUUUCAAACAUGGCAAUUCACAAGUUUACUCAUUUCGCAAACAACAGCGUAAUGGCUUCAAUGGAAUCGCUAAAAGUUUGAACUGUUUCCUUACCUGAGAAAAAAAGUAGAGCUGUGUUGUUUUCUGUUGACUGGCCAAGUUUAUAGCCAAAAAGGGCAUGUUGUGUCGUUCUUCGCAUGAAGUGCUGACAAAAAUGGCGGCUCGGUUGCUCGAGGUAAGAGGUCGUCUUCCUGUAUCAUUCUUUUUCCUGUUUACUUGAAAUGUAAAUUUCUGCAAACAUUUCCUUUUAAAUUUGUUUGUCAUAAAUAAACUUCGAUUUUUGAGCCAAAAUUUUCUUCUUAGAAAACGCUGAGUUCACGAAACGGCUUCUUCUACGCGAAUACACGGGAGUUGUAAACAAUCCAUCGAGCACAAAACUCCUGCUACAGUAAAUUGAAAAAACGCCGUAUUGAAUCCUUCCAAGUCUUUUCUUGCCUUAAAAAAAGCCCUAGGAGGGCUUUUGACGUUUUAAAAAAGGCAAGAAAAGACUCGCUGGGAGGGAAGGAUUCAAUACGGCGAUUUUUCAAUUUACUGUAGCAGGAGUUUUGUGCUCGAUGGAUUGUUUACAACUCCCGUGUAUUCGCGUAGAAGAAGCUGUUUCUGUGAACUCAGCGUUUUCUAAGAAGAAAAUUUUGGCUCAAAAAUCGAAGUUUAUUUAUGACAAACAAAUAUAAAAGGAAAUGUUUGCAGAAAUUCUACAUUUCAAGUAAACAGGAAAAGAAUGAUACAGGAAGACGACCUCUUACCUCGAGCAACCGAGCCGCCAUUUUUGUCAGCACUUCAUGCGAAGAACGACACAACAUGCCCUUUUGGCUAUAAACUUGGCGAGUCAACAGAAAACAACACAGCUCUACUUUUUUUUCUCAGGUAAGGAAACAGUUCAAACUUUUUAGCGAUUCCAUUGAAGCCAUUACGCUGUUGUUUGCGAAAUGAGUAGACUUGUGAAUUGCCAUGUUUGAAAAUUCUGCAAAGAUCUAUUUUUAAACUUACGCGUGAUUUGAUCUGUCAAUCAAAUCCUACUUUUGAAUGGUUUCCUUUCUGAUUUUGUUGAGAUCACUUCGUGUGUAUAUACUAAAACAAUUAUUCUUCUCAAUUUCGGUGAAUAGUGGCUUUGGGAAUAUUUACCUCGCCGCUUUCGCGGCUCGGUAAAUAUUUUGCCACUAUUCACCUCGCUUUCAAAGAAUAAUUGUUAAUUAUACUUCAGAACGCAUUUAUGCAACAAGAGGUUUUCAGAACCCUUUAUUUGUGAUAUCGAAGCAAUAUAUUUUGUUCAUUCAUUUGUUCAUUUUUACCACCACAUUGCAAGUUACUGAAACAUGUAUUGUCGGUCCAAUGUGUACAGUGUACAAACGUAUAUAUUUGUUUUAGUUAUUCAUUUUUUUUUAUUUUAGUUCCUAGGUUAAGUGGAAAAGAACAGCUUCUUUUCAGUUUUGUCAAGAUGGCGGAACCGGAGAGUAUCGGAGGCGGCACUGAUACAGAUCGCCAUGACAACAAAUUAGUAAAGGCAGGUUUUCACACAAUGCAGUUGUGUAUUUUAUAAUUGAAUGGUGAAAGCUAAUCCUUGAUGUUUGAAUUUAAAUGUUAAAUGUUAGUCCACUAGAAGGUUUCUAGAGUAAGCUCGAAUUAUCAUUCGCCAGUUCUGUUUAUUUCCAGAAGGGGAAAGAAUAGGGUGUAUACUGUUCCAUUGCAAAUACAGCCGCCUCUCGUCGCUCUCCGUCGCUAGGAAAUAGGGAGCUUUAGCAUCGACGACGGCAACUGCAGGGAAAACGUCAGUUUUAAAAUGAAUUCCCGUUUUUCAAUCUUUGUCGCGUUUACUCCAAUUUGCUGAAAAUGGCAAGUUUAGGCGAAUUUCCGUGGAGUUGACCGCACUCAAGUUUAGAGAAAAAGAGAUUCGUCGUCGCUUGUUCACGUCCUCCAUAAAACUUGCAAUUAGGCAUUUUCACGUCGUAGUCGUGCAAGGACGGUAAAGAAAUGUACAAAAAAGCGUGAUGCACGUGCAAAGUUGUUGUUUUGCGUAAUAAAGCUAUUGCUUUUUUGACGUCCUAUUUGCCGUCGCCGUCGUCGUUGCUAAAGCUCCCUAGUUUAAGAUACGGAGACUACGGACUACGGCUGGACGAGCGUUGUCUUUUGUUUGUAGCACUGGGUUGAGUCGUGCAAAUAUAGAACGUUAAGAUUGCACUACAGACAGUAGACUACGAGAGAAGAGGCGGACAGGGAAACAACACGCAAAGAUUUUCUUGUUUUCAUCACAGUUCACAAAAAUGCAAGUCAGUUUUGCAUGUGAUCUUAUCUUUAGAUCAAUGAACAAAUUCUUCCAUAUUUGAAGGAAGCAAUUACGUCGGGUGAAAUUGGUGAGCAAAGUUUUGGUUACACAGGUUUUAUUUUUUUCGCCCAUGAAUACUUAUGUCAAAUACUAAAGAAAUAGACAGAAAUAGUAUAAUAGCUCAUUUAUUAGAUUCUCCAACGUACUGAUCUGAUAUAGUUUGAAGUAUUGAAAUGCCGAGUUUCGAUUGUCUCGAAGAUGUUUACAUCAUUUUCAUUCAGCAAAUGCGAUACAAAAACUCGCAUAAACAAAGGUUACACAAGUAGAAAGACACACUAGUCAGUUCGAACAAACAUUGAAACUUUUCAAUUGCGAAGAGAAAGUAAAUUACCUGCAUGAUUUCUCUUCUCCUGGGCCGUCAAUCUGAAUUCUGCGUAUAAACAGCUUAGCUUAUUUAAAUAUGAGCUUAGCUAGAUAAAAAUGUAGUCACAACAGUGAAUUAAAAGCGUAAAUCUGAGCAGAAAUUAGACACAACUUACAUAUUUCGCUCCCCUCUCACUUAAAGCAGGUGAAUUGAAAACUUUUUUACGAAAAGACGAGAUUCUUGAAUUACCGAGACGGCAAAAUACGAGCAAAAUAAUCAGUGAAAGGUUCCGGCAAUUCUGCUUUUUACAAAAAGAUCAACUCUGCUACUUGAAAAGAGCAGAAAAUUAACUUUCUGCAUUUAUUUUUCAUAGAACAAAAUAAAAAAUUCUUACCUUUUUUGUUAAUGCUAGUCGAUUAGGUGAGAAGUUAAAAAAAGGUACCUUUUUAGAAAAAAAUAGGAGGGCAUUUUAAGCUUUCGAGGGAAAAUAUUUUAACGUCAAUAUUGUCCGCUUUUCAUCCAUUUCUCACUUUACCAAACAAAACUUUAAAGCGCCAAAAAGGUACGUUUUUUUCAGUUUGAAGCGAUCUCUUCAAAAGCGCGAAAAAGGUACCUUUCUUGCGGUUUAGAAACGUUCCUAUCAAAAGAGCAAAAAAGGCACCUUUUUUGCGGUUACAAGCAAUCUCAUGAAAAGCGCGAAAAAGGCACCUUUAAAAAUAAAUGAUGUUUCAAUUAAAAUCCUAUACUACUGAUUGACAGAUGUCAAGCAACCGUUGGCGCCGCUAACGAACUAUACACAGACGUUUUUAGGGGACUCUAUGUUCCGUUUCUACAAUCGAAUUUCGCAGUCCCGAAUCUAAUUAAAACGAGCAAAGCCCGUCCUAGACUGCCCUAGAAACACCUGUAUGGGAGGCUAUUCCUCAGUGGCCCCGGCUAUUUAACAGAAAUGGCUCGGACGCGCAAUAUUAUAAUUAUCGCGUCCUGCAUUAUUGGCAUAUUUUCCGAGCUACGUACGUGGACGAGGGUCUACUAUGGGGAAUCAUCGGACUAAAAAAAAAAUAGCUGGCUCCUUUUAGCCGAUCAAAAUUGAGAAACUAGACUGAAGAGAUCCGAAAAUACUGGCUACCAUCCAAAUGGAUGAAAUAGCUACUGGUUCUUUCAAACUAGAUGCACGUGGAGGACCUAAGCAAGCCGGCCCAUUUUUAAGCGUGGAGCGAAGACUUAAAAAAAGUCCCAUAUGAAAAGUCGAACCAUUUUAAUCUGCGAAAAAAAAUAUAUCAGAUUCUACGUCGAUCUACGACAAACAGCAGAGAAAUGUUUUUUUCUUUUGAGUCUAAGCUGAACGGGUUAUCAUAAUAACUGUUUUGUUUCGUGGGUGCCUUUUUUCACUUCUGAACGAUGGAAUCCACUUCGUAUUCGUUGAGUCGUCUUAUCCCAUAUUUAGCACAAAAUAAUCGCACGUUUCUUUCUCAAAAGCCUCUUGUUACUUCUGGAAAGUUUUGUCCGAGAAUUUCACCGACAUGUUUGUACGUUUUAUUGUCUUCAAUGAGAUUCCUUAUUAAAGUAACAUUGCUUUCCAUUUGCUCCGCCAUAUUUGUCUCUUGACUAGUGGGUCAGUCAAUUCAAGCAAAACAAAUGGCCCCAAACGGUUGACAUCUGUCAAUCAGUAGGAUUUGAAACGGCUUUCAAAUAUAGUUUGAAAACGCCAUUUAUUUUUAAGGUUCCCUUUUCGCACUUAUAAGAACAUCGCUUCCAACCGCAAAAAAGGUACCUUUUUUGCUCUUUUGAUAGGAAUCUUUCUAAACCACAAAAAGGUACCUUUUUCGCGCUUUUGAAGAGAUCGCUUCAAACUGAAAAAAAGGUACCUUUUUCGCGCCUUAAACUUUUGUUUGGUAAAGUGAGAAAUGGAUGAAAAGCGGACAAUAUUCACGUUCAAAUAUUUUCACCCGAAAGCUUCAAAUACCCGCCUUUUUUUUCUGAAAAGGUACCUUUUUUUAACUUUUUACCUGAUCGACUAGCAUUAACAAAAAAGGUAACAAUUUUGCAUGUUGUUCUAUAAAAAAUAAAUGCAGAAAGUUAAUUUUUCUGCUCUUUUCAAGUAGCAGAGUUGAUCUUUUUGUAAAAAAGCAGAAUUGCCGGAACCUUUCACUGAUUCAAAAUGUUCUCCGUAGUCCCGACUACGCGAAACAGCUCAACAACUCACCGUAGCCGCAGGACUACGCGGGAAAAAUGAACAGUCACGUGGUUUUGAUCAUGCGCAAUAGCAUGUUUAACCGUAGUCGUAGUCCGUAGUCGCCGUAUCUUAAACUCCCUAAUAAAUGUCCCGACCGGACGGCGUGGAACGAUGUGAGUAGGCUGUAUUUACAGGAUAGUAGGAUUUCUUGUCUCUGAUUUCAUGCUGCUUCCUCACACGACAAAUAUUGCACUACUUUGAUCAAGCUGGAAUUUCUUUCGCAGGGAGCAAUUCUAAAAUAGAGACCUUUAGAUUUGUGAGCAUGGACGACUCAGAGGUUUUUUUGCCCCUUCUCAGAAAAUAGUAAUCCCGAAAAAUUUUGUUGCACUUUUUUACUAGAAAAGUUAGAACGGUUAUUUUUAUUGAAGGAGUUUGAGCCCUCUCCCGAUCGCAGAAUGAUAAAACUUCUAACAUUUGAUAACUUAUUUCCGCCUCAAUGACAUUCUCGUUAAAACGCGUAGUAGAAUGACCACGGCUGUCACGUUUUCCCGCCAAAAUGAUGUUGGCUCACGCCUCGCACUUCUUGCCAUUGACAAAACCUCUUCCUUGUAGUCGUCCUCGUCUUAGAAUCUAACGGUCACUAUUGAGAAACACUCUUAAUCUAGAAAUGAUUACUAACUGUAGUACUCUAUUUCUUGUAGGGUAAUACCUUCAAUACCAGUGAGAGUAAGAAGAAACGUCAUCGCAAGCGUAAAAGGUCCAGUACACCUGAACUUCUGCCUGACAGUCCUAGCUAUGAAACGUCCAACGGACCCGAGCCUUCCUCUGAAAGUCAUUCUAGUGCUGACGCGCCUAGGUCAGCGGGUGUUGUCAGUCGUACAGCUGGGCUGCUUUUCUCGAGUGCUCGUGGGUUCUUUGGUGGCCUUCACAAUCCAUGGAAACAAUCAAAACCUUCGACUGUCCAUAGUGAUCCCAAUAUAUCCGUAAGAAGCGAACUCUGCCAAGCGAGCAAAAGCUCGCCGAGACCAAAUAAUCCGGGUUUAUCCCGAACAAAGAGUCUGGAGUUAGUUCCAGAGAAUACAUCAAUUCAAAAACCUGCACUACCACCACCAGUACCGACCUUUUCGUCCGAGUUUGGCGUGAUGUUGAAGCGCCCACCAGAUUGUUAUUACCCUAAGAAAGGCCCCGCAAAGAACAUUUUGCCUGGUCCCGUGAAAUAUGGGAAAUAUGGCGUGUUAGAUUCUCAGUUGGCAUAA